AUGUAUUGGCAGGGGACAGACGGGCUGCCGUCUGAUGCAUCGAGCGAUUUAUUCGGGCAGUUUGUAGACUUUGACGGAGAUAGUGUUGCCAGGACUCCCGUCGACGAUGGCCGUGGCGGGAGCUCGACGAUAGGGACCGUACCACCGGAUUCGUUCUUCAUGAAUCAGGCGGCAACAGGCACUGCCUCUUCAGUCGUGUCCUCGGCAGACGAAUUCGACUUCUUUUCCACCACCUCUCACCUUGGGCCGACUACGUCUGCGGCGAGCCAUGGCCUGGACUCCCAGGAGCUUGCUUUCGGAGUAGCUGCCGAUCCGGCUACCGGCGGAACUCGUCCGAUCAACCAUCUCAGUCGCAAGUCCAUGUCAGAGACUGAGCUGCAACGCCUUGAAAACAUCUCCCUCUACUCCCCACAAAAGAACACUUCUGUCUCGCACCCGCCGUCUCCCACGCCGCCCAACACAUCCAUUAGGAGACCAAAGAAGCUGGUUGAGGCCCUGUCCUCUACCAUCCGCAAGGCAACCAACCUUGGGAGAAGGAACAGAAAGCAGCAGCCGCAACAACAACAACAACAGCAACAGCAACAGCAACAGCAACAGCCUCCAAUAAUAGAGAGAUCAGCCUCUCCUACAUUAGAUCAUCCUCCCAUGGCCAUCAAGUCGAGAGCCGCACGUAUGCAUAGCAUAGCGCAGAGCAGCGUGAGCAGCGUCUCUCAUGAGAGCCCCUCGCCCACGUCCUAUGACCAUGGCGCCUCGGGUUUCAUACACGGCUUCUGCGAUGAUCCUUUUGCUGAAGCGCCGAGGUCAUAUCAGUCUCCGAGCAUGCAAUACUACAACCAUGGCGGCAUGGAUCCUACACCCAUGCACUCCUCCAACCGCCGCAUCAAGAGCGAGCAGCAUCUGUAUCAGGCAGCUUCAAGCAUGAUAGGCUCCACUGCCACCAUCGAUACCGCUUCUCAAGCCUCGCAACAUGGCUGGCAGCAGCAAAUGAUGGCCACCUCGGGACCGGAGCCAUGGGGCAGCACUGACUACGCAGCGAGUCAAGAUUCUGCCUGGUGGGAUCUCAACAUCAACGCCAGCAUGAACCAGGCGAUGCACUCGCAGCACGGGGAGCUGCCGUACGAAUACGCCCCUAUACCAGACACGGGGGGCGCUGGUCUCAUGAUACACAUGCCCCAGCCUCGAGGCCCGCAGCCUGCUGUCGUCAACGACAUUGCGCUCACCUCGCAGACAUAUCUGCCGCCACCGCCGCCCAUCCCAACCGACCGCUGCAGCCGGCCUCCACGGGCCCCGUCCUCUGGAGCCCGGCAUCGCAACCUGUCUUCGUCGCCCAUGCGCAAGACCCGGGGGCCCUCGGCCUCGCCCACGCCGGCGCAUGCCCAGAUGCGCAACCAGUCCCGGCACAGCUCUACAGGGUCCAUCUCCUCCGUCCGCAGCGCCUCCGGCCGAGGCCCCGGGUCUGCGCCAAACACGCCGGGGGGCGUCCGCAAGCGCAGGUCGCGAGACGCCGGCGCGGGAGGCGGCGGCAUCAGCCUCGGGGGCGACGGCAUCGGCUUUGUCAACUUCACGCCCAACGACGGCAGCAUCCUGAUGACGGGCGUGGCGCCGAGCGGGAGCUCCAAGACGAAAGCCCGGAGGGAGAAGGAGGCCCAGGAGAAGAGACGGAGGCUGAGCGAGGCGGCGAUGAAGGCCGUGGCCGCGGCGGGAGGAGACGUGGAUAAGUUGAUACAAGAGGGCUUUGUGUUUUAA